AUGUUGCCUUUUUCACCACCAAUAGUAAAAAGGUUAUUAGGAUGGAAAAAAGGAGAUUGUAAUGAUGAUAAAUGGUGUGAGAAAGCAGUUAAAAGUCUUGUUAAAAAAUUAAAAAAAAGUUGUGGAUUAGAAGAACUUGAAAAAGCAAUCACAACACAAAAUCCAAAUACAAAGUGUGUUACUAUACCCAGUUCGGACGUAUGUGCUCCUCCAGGACAUCGCAAAGGUUUGCCACAUGUUAUUUAUUGCAGAUUAUGGCGUUGGCCUGAACUUCAAUCACAUCACGAAUUAAGGGCAUUAGAAACUUGCCAAUAUGCAUUCAGUUUAAAAAGGGAAGAGGUUUGCGUUAAUCCUUAUCAUUAUCAGAGAAUCGAAAACACAGAUUCGUCAAAUUUAUAUCCAACAACGAUCCAGUGUGGCGAUUUAACUCCUUCAAUACCCGAAAAUAUUUCUUUUUCUUCCUCAGCUUCACAUAUGGAGGUUCCCCUCAUACACGGUUACCCAGUGAGUCCGUCAGAAUUAAGUCAUAGUCCUCAAGCUAGCAUUGAUACUCCAGCGACAACAGAAACGCCUCCUCCGGGAUAUAUAAGCGAAGACACCGAUCACAACGACAAUAUAAGUUUGUCCAGGUUAACGCCAAGUCCACCGAUAGACGCCCAACCUGUUUUAUAUUGUGAACCUGCAUUUUGGUGUUCAAUUUCUUAUUACGAGUUAAACACGAGAGUAGGUGAAACUUUUCACGCUUCUCAACCUUCCAUUACAGUAGAUGGUUUUACAGAUCCCAGUAAUUCGGAAAGAUUUUGUUUAGGUUUGUUAUCAAACGUGAAUCGAAAUGCGGUUGUCGAACAAACGAGGCGACAUAUUGGAAAAGGGGUUCGACUGUAUUACAUUGGGGGUGAAGUUUUUGCCGAAUGUUUGAGCGAUUCUUCAAUAUUUGUUCAGAGUCCAAAUUGCAAUCAAAGAUACGGUUGGCAUCCUGCGACCGUUUGCUGCAACUUAAAAAUAUUCAAUAAUCAAGAAUUUGCCGCUUUGUUAUCACAGAGCGUUUCUCAAGGUUUCGAAGCUGUUUAUCAAUUGACGAGAAUGUGCACGAUACGAAUGAGUUUCGUAAAAGGAUGGGGUGCGGAAUAUCGGAGGCAAACCGUGACUUCAACACCGUGUUGGAUAGAACUUCAUUUAAACGGUCCUUUACAGUGGUUGGACAGAGUUUUAACUCAAAUGGGUUCACCAAGACUUCCUUGCAGUUCAAUGAGUUAA